UAACCCCUGCCGUCAACGCGAUUUGAGACAACGGUGACGUUUUGCUUACAUGUCAUAUUUGCGUAUGUUUAGAUACUUCGAGCCGUGUCCAUUCCGUAAAAUUGUAUUUUCGUUUAACUAUUCAGCACAAAUUGGUCUAAGAAACGCUCUUUGAAACGCAAACAUGAUUUCGGAUGUCCAAUUGGCCGUGUUCUGCAAUGUUUUGGGAGUGUUCCUUUUCCUGCUAGUAGUUGGAUUCCACUAUAUCAACGCUAAUAUGGGAAGAAAUACGACUCUAUCGAAGCACAAAUGAAGGUACAUUGGCUUCCAGUAGCGGCAGUAUGCAGUCCAUUUGGAACGUUUCAUUUGAAAAACUUAGUUUGUAAGUACCCAAGUAUGUGAAAAAAGAGAACAUUUUAUUGGUGAAUCCAGGAAGAAAAA